AUGCCUGGCAGCCCGUUCACGACUCCUGCCUUUCUGGACAAUGGCGAGUUCUUCAUGGAUCAGGGCAACGUCAUCCAGAUGAACUGGCCAAACGUCUUCCCCGGCUGGGAUUGGACUCGGCCCUGGCCGGGAGGCGACAUCGUCGACGGCCAUUCUGUGUAUCUCACAGUCGCGCCAGAGGUUCUCACGGACCCAGCAGUCGUGGUGGAUGCGACGACGGUGCUGUCUUCGUUGACGUUUGGCAUCCCCGACAGCAUGAUUUCCGGCGGAAAGGCGCUUCCCAUGGACCCUUCCUGGUACAUUUGCCGUCACGUCUUUAUCACGACGAAGCCUGAGGCGAAGAAGUCUGCUGAUGGGGGCGACGGCUGCGGCUUUCUUGAGCAGACUUGUCUGGACGACCUCGAGUCCAUUUUGAGCAACGACUGGGGAAAGACGGAUAACAACACCAUGUGCGCCCAGUUGGCUUUUGAUACAUUGCCCGAGAGCUGCGGCAGCUCAUUUGGAUACGCGCGUCAGGAUUCUUGGUAUGCCGAUAACACGGUGAUAGCGAACUCUGGCCUGGGACCUCUCGAGACGAGCCCCAGGGAGCAGCAGUACAGCUGGCGUAUUGGCACCGGGUAUCAUUCUCCCUAUGAUCCCAUUCCCUAUGAAAUCGCCGCCAACAGGACCUAUCUCGUGGCCACAGCCUGGGGCUAUAGCAAAAAGCUAGAUGCCAGUGCUAGGAAGACACCCAAAGUCACCUGGGCCUGCAUCUCGUCUGGAGACGCCUAUGUGCCUCCUCCUCCGCCGCCGCCGCCGCCGCCGCCGCCUUCGUCGACUACUACCACGACUCCCAGCAAGCCAACCUCAACUCCUACAGCAAUUUCCAGCACAGACGCCUACUACGAUGAUUUUACCGCUGGCUUGAAGCAGUGGACUACAUACGGUGACUCAUUCAGCUCAGAUUCUAGGCGGCUUAUUGCAGACUAUUCCCUUGGCGACAAAGCCUUGCUCAAAAGCAGCUACUCCAACUUCACGUUCGAAGCCGAAAUUACCUUGCCCGGUGACUCGGGCAAUGCAGGUCUCAUCUUUCGCGUCUCGAAUCCUAGCGAUGGUGCGGAUGCUUACAAGGGCUACUACGCCGGCAUCAGCACGGAGAACAACGUCGUUCUGGGACGUGCAUCCAAUGAUUGGACGCAAAUCAGCCUCGUUGACAUUGAUAUUGCGGCCAACAAGGCUCAUCAUCUCAAGGUCAAGGUCCGGGAGAACAAAAUCGACGUCUAUGUCAAUGACAUGACCAAAGCAUUGAUCAGCGCGACAGACAGCACUUAUACCAGUGGCAUGGACGGCGUGCGUCUCUAUGACACAGGCGCGACGUUUGACAAUGUGCAGAUCUUUCCGCUGGCCUUCAAAGAUGACUUCGCCUCGGGCUCGAUGGACAAGUGGAUUCACUAUGGAGGCGACUAUGCGACCAAGAAUGCCGCGCUAGUUGGCCAGGCGUCAUCUGGUGGCAAGGCGUUGAUCCGCAAUACGCUGUACAGCGACUUUGUUUACGAGGCGGACGUGACCAUCUGGGAUGAGAAUGGUGAUGCUGGGCUUGUCUUCCGGGCUUCCAGUCCGUAUGAUGGAACGGAUGGCUACUACGGCUAUUACGCUGGUUUCGGCAACGGCUAUAUUGUUUUGGGCCGUUCUGAUAACGGUUGGAAUGAGCUGGCCAAUAUCAGCGCAUCGAUCCAGCAUGGCACUGCUCACCAUAUUAUGGUGCGGGCCAGGCAGAGCUCUUUGUCCAUCUUUGUGGACGACAUGAACGAGCCGAAAAUUGAGACGGGGGAUGACACGUAUCUUACGGGCUUGAACGGCGUGAGGGUGUAUGGAACCAAGACGACGUUUGACAAUGUGGUCAUUUACACCAUGUAG